AUGUUAUCCCAAGCAAUUGCCGACUAUACCUUGCACCGGAGCACAUCCGACCCUCUGCCUUCAGGUCCUGCUCCAUUCACCUCUUCCGAAUUCUUCAAAUUGUGUCGACCAGGCACAAAGCCCAGAGCCAAGAAUUGGAACCAUCAUCUCAGCACCGAAUGCCGCAACCGACUACCCUCAAACCUGAAAGCAUCAGCAAGCAGUGUAAAACCUGGUCUCGAUGGUGCUCCGAUUAUUCCUCAACGACAGAUCAGUCUCGGAGCUGGACGACCUAUUCCAGAAUACUUUCCCUGGGACUCGCUGGCGCUUUCUGGAAAACAAUCUAGAGGGUCUCCUGUUGAUGAGGCUGUGGUUAUGCCGUGUACGAGAGGAGAAGACGAUUUUGACUUUGCGGUUGCUUUGAACUAUGGAUAUGCAGCUGGAUCGCCGCAGCUGUUGAGGUUCAUCACUGAGCACAUUGAGAUGAUCCAUAAUCCGCCUUACGAUGACUGGGAGACUUGUUUGACGAGUGGUACCACGUCGGCGAUGGAUACUGUGUUCCGCAUGUUCUGCGAUCGGGGAGAUUGGAUCAUCACAGAGGAGUACUCAUACCCUGGAGCAAUUGAAGCUGUCACACCGCUGGGCAUCAAUAUUUUGGGGAUCAAAAUGGAUGGCCAGGGUCUCAUACCAGAAGAUUUGGAGGCCAAGUUGCGCUCUUGGGAUCCGUCCAAGGGACGCAAGCCAUCUGUCAUGUACAUUGUCCCUUGUGGCCAGAACCCUACAGGAGCUACUCAAUCAGCCGAGAGACGGAGGAAGAUCUAUCAAGUCGCAGAGGAACACGAUCUAUACAUUAUCGAGGACGACCCUUACUACUUCUUGAAGCUACACUCUAGAUCAGAGUCCGGAGAAGACUCGCCAAUGCCAGUGGACGAGUAUCUUCGAUCAUUGCCUCCAUCAUAUCUCUCCAUGGACGUCUCUGGUCGUGUUGUCCGUCUAGAUGCCACAUCAAAGAUUCUCGCGCCUGGACUCCGGUGCGCAUGGAUGACAUGUUGCUCUCAGAUUGCCGAAAAGUACAUGAACUACACGGAAGUUGGCAGUGUAGCUCCUUCUGGAUUCUCUCAGGUCGCCAUGUACAAGCUGCUGGAUGUGACUUGGGGUCAUGAUGGUUUCAUUCGCUGGCUUGCAUUCUUGUCGCACCAAUACCGUCAACGACGAGAUGCUUUGGUCUCGGCGUGCGAGAAGUACCUGCCACCUGAUCUCUUCACUUGGGUUGUGCCUGAAGCCGGUAUGUUCCUCUGGUUACAUCUUCAGUCACCGACACCUCGUAUUGCGUGCUCGUCUUGCUCAGAUUGUUCGAUCGAGAAGGAGAAGACUGCUUUGCUGGAUCUGGAGGAGAGAAUUUACAAUCGUUCCAUGGAGAAGGGAGUAGUUAUCAGCAAGGGAAGUUGGUUUGCGGCCGAGCCUGACCAGCUCAAGGGUAUCAAGCUUCGUCUGACCUUCGCUACUGCACCCUUGGACAGCUUCGACUGGGCGGUCAAGCAGUUCGCAGAUGCAGUAAGGAGCGAGUUGUGA